UGAAGCAAUGUCCUAUAUACACACGGAUCCUAACCAGAUCGCAGGGAAAACCGAACCCUACGACGAAUACCAGAGUACGGGAUUGAGCGCUCAUCAAAAUCACAAAAGCUUUGAAAAUGGGACACAGGAAAAAAGAUGAGACCACACAGCCAACCACCCCAACACGCCGCCACCGCCGACAUGGACAUCUUGAAGAAGAAGAAGACUAUCAACACUAGCAGCAAUGCCGACGUCGCCGAAGUCGAGAAGAGGGGUGUGAAACGUAAGGCAUCCCAAGUAGCUGAAUCGAGUUCUUCUUCGAAGAAAACGAAAAAGCGACCAGCGGUGAACUGGAAGAACGAACCCGAAUGCUCCUCACAAGAUACUGAUAUCGUGAUCUGUGACGACGAUGAUGAUGAUGACGAUGUCUACGCGCUGAGUAAUCUUACUCAAAAACAGAGAUCAGAACUCGACGAUGACGCUACCAGCGAAACCGAAAGCGAUGUUAUCCUGUUAAGCGAUGACAGCGACGAUGACUACGACGGGUUCGGCAACCCAAACGUGUCCUAUGUCACUUUAAAGGACACUAUCUCCAGAAAGAUUUCAAUCAAGAUCGAUGGAGGUAUCAUCUACAUCCAAAAAUAUACAUUUGCAUCAGCGAGAAACCUGCGCUUCCCGGAAAAUGUAGCGAGAAAGUUGUUUGAGAAGAUCGGGGACAUCAAACACACGUACAGCGUGGUAGUGAAGCAACACAAAUCAGAUCACGACGUGAGAGAGGCGGCUCAACUGCUCGUGUCCAGGAAACCGUUCUACCGUUGUACUUUCACCAAGAUUGAUAACUACUGGUACGCGGAUGUUCGUCGCUUUAAGGGACAAGAGGGUACGCUCUACCAAAAAGAUAACGGCAUAUGCUUCCCCGUCGAGGAUCUCCUGAAAGUGAACAAAUAUUUGAAAAGAAAACUAAACAUCAAACAGAGAGAGUAGGAUGUACGCUAGCAACAAUACGAACAGAAAAGAUAAACAUCGGCGGUGUAGACUUUGUAAUCAGCGGGUGAAGGGUCAAGCAUUUAACCAACAUGUCGUAGAUUGUGCCUGUGCGCAAAGACGUUGUUUCGAGUGUAGACUGUGUCAGACUCGAUUUGACACGCGCAAUCAUCUUAUUCGUCAUAUUGACGCGUGUAGUAACCUGCAAACUAAUGAUAGAGAGGACGGUAAUCAACGUACUCCCAGCAACGUUUAUUUGUGCGAGUCCUGCGGACUCGUUUGUGACAAUGGUGCCGGUCACGAGUGUUCACACGCACGUGAAAUGUUAUCGGCGGGGAAACGAUCCGGUAUUACGUACACGUGUCCCAAGUGCGAUAAACUCUUCCGGACUCGCACCAAAUUCAACGCACAUAUCAAGAAAUGUUGUAGAAGGAGUUUGUAUUCGUGCGAAUCCUGUGGCAAGAUAUUCCAAAGCCAACGAUCGUUUCACGACCACUCGUCGCAAUGUCGCAACAACAAUGAUCUAUCAACGACGUCGUCUUCCGGAGCAACGACUAAGAAGGUAACGUGCCGUCAAUGUCACCAACGAUUUGAAAGUCGUAAAUUAUUGUGGCGUCAUCAACGUCGAAGCCAUUACGGCGCUAAUGGCGAACUCUUACAACCCGAGCCAUGGCCAGAAGGAGAUGCGAGAAGACCGUGGACGGACCAAGUCGACGGAGCUUCGGUGGUGAACGAAACUCUUAAAGACGUAUACAUCACCCACAGAGAUAUCAUACUGCGUCCGCAUAAAUAUGGCGGAGAUAAUAUUGUGCACACGUUCAAUUUCCCAUUGACCGAACCCGUCAACACGGACGCAAUCGAAUUCCGAAAUCAGCUGGAUUACAUUUUCCAGCACGAAGAAAAUUCGUUUAAAGUGAACUUAUCAUUUGGGAUGAUUUUACGUCACAUUGAAACGGGUGAAUACAGAUACUUUAUUCCAUACGAGAACACUUUCGUUUUUGACAGACCUCCUUUAAUUCAUAAGCGUGAUUCGCUGAACCGCGUAGUGAAAAGAAUUCACAGGAAAAACCUAGACGAGCUCAUCUUCCAACAACGUCCGAACACGAAGUGGAAGCCCGUAUUCAUCACCAAUGUCGCAUACAGGGUGUACCGUACUAAUUACGUUCUCGGCAAGAAAAUCCUCUCUCUACCUACAUGGUUAAAGAACAAAAGGUGCGUUAUGACAGUGGGGGAUCAUGAAGUGGAUUCACUAUGUGCUUUUAGAUGUCUAGCAUAUCAUCAACUGUAUCGUGAAGCGGGAGGGUGUAGAUUAAAACAAACACCCAAGAAAAGUACCAUUUUAAAGCUAUUUCGAACAUUUAUGCGUGCUAAGGGAAGAAAGGAAAUCAGUCCACUAUCGUUUAAAGGAUUGAACGUCCCGGAUGAUGUUCCUUUGUUCGAGAGGACUUUUAACGUUCGUGUCAAUAUAUUCAAAAUGCAAGACGAAGGUCAUUCUUGCGUACCCGUCUAUCUGUCGAAUAAACAAGGCAAUGACAAAUCCACUCUGAAUAUGGACUGUUACGAGAACCACUUGUCCUACAUCGUCGAUCUCGAAGCCUAUGCUAAGCGAUUCAAGUGCCGACAUUGCGAUAUGUGCUUCGGCAGGAGGACUUACGCGAGGAAUCACGAAAAGAGCGGUUGUUGUCAGAAAAGCGUGCUUAGAUUCCCCGGUGGUUACUUUUCGCCGCCGCAGACAAUAUUUGAUCAACUCGAGGAAAGAUGCGGUAUUUACGUUCCGCUGGAUGACAGACUUUAUGAAUAUCACGCUAUGUUUGACGGUGAAUCUCUCCUGAUACGUGAGAGCGUUGAUGAGAGCCAAAAAACUUCGUCUACGUCGUGGACGACACGUCAUCAUCCCGUUUCCAUUUCCGUGUGCUCCAACGUUCCCGGUUACAAAGAACCCAAGUGUAUUGUCACGGAAGAAACGGAGAGUUUACUCGCUCAGGUCGUGGACUAUGUCACGGAGAUUGCCACGGAGGCGAAAAGAUUAACCGAAUUGAAAUUACAACCGGCCUUGGUCGAAUUGCGGAAGCAAAUUGAUCAUUUACGGGGUAGGAAAAACAACAGCGUUGCACCAAAACGAGGACAUGAUGAUGAUGUCGAUGGACCAUCUCCGAGCACGGUCAAUAGACUAUCAAAACCGAAUGUGUACAGAGACAUGUUGCAGGGUCUGCGAGAUGACUCAACGGCAGUAAAAAUCAACUACAAUGAAUGGGAAGAUAUCAACGAAGCGGAUGUUCAAGCACGCGCCACCUCGCCCCGCGGGGUGUGGACACCGGGUGAUGAAUGGACGCUCGAGGGACUGGUUUCUUUGUUACGAAAAGUGACCGACUAUUGUAAUCAGCUCCCUCUUUUGGGAUUCAAUAGUUCCAAAUACGAUUUGAAUUUAUGGAAGAGCAAAUUAGCCAGGGCAUUGAACAUCAUCGAUGACGAUAAUAAUUUCAUCAUCAAGAGAAACAAUCAGUACAUUAGCAUCGUUUCCCAAAGACUGAAAAUUUUAGAUAUCUCGAAUUUUAUGCCUCCCGGAGUAAGCUAUGACCAGUUUCUAUUAACGUUCAACGUUUCUCAGUCUAAGGGUUUCUUUUGUUACGAGUACCUCGAUAGUUUCGAGAAGCUAGAGGAAACGAAGCUCCCUUCCAUAGAGGCGUUUUGGUCUAACCUAAAGGGUAUUAAUACCCUGGAGGAUGUGAAUUGGCAAAAAUAUGUCGACUUCCUGCGCACCGAGACCGCGAAGAAUAAGUCAACCCAAGAGAUACUAUCACAUUUGAAAUUAAAAAACCGUCCCCAGAAGCGCGGAGGAGAACUAUGCUUACAUACAAAAAAUAUGGAAUGAGAAUUACAUGCAAACGCUGAGGGACUUUUUGAUUUGGUAUAAUAAUCUAGACGUGUCACCCGGCGUGGAGGCUGUUGACAGACUAAAACGCUUCUAUUGGCGUGAGACACGCAUAGAUAUUUUCAAAGAUGCCGUGUCAACACCGGGUAUCGCGAGACGAUUACUGUUCAGGACAGCGCUUAAAGAAUGCGCUCACUUUGCCCUAUUCGGA